AGCGGCAAGACUAGUCGAAACCGUCCGGUCGGAGACUUUCUUUGAUAAGCGUCACAUUCAAGGAGUCAGUCAUGGCGGUAAAUGAUACCAAAUUCGCGAAUGGAAUUGACGUAGUAACCCUCGAAUGGUUUAUUCCAGCAGCCGACAUCUUACUUGAUUUAUAAGUCAAUACUGAUAUCGAAGGCAAUGACUAAGUCCGACUGUCACCAAUUUAUGUAGCACCUGUCUAUCGGGCUUUGGGGUUGGCUUCCCGGAUCUCUCGCCAUACCCCUCAGUGAUGGCGACAUCUCAUGAUGUAUAAGACGAUCCGGGCGGGCCGGAGCCCACCUUAUAACGUAGAAGAAACGGUGCGUCCCCGCCGCAGAAAGGAAUCUUGUAAGUCCGUAGGAAGAGAGAAACGAAUAAGAGACCAUGGCCGAACAACAGCAACAGAAGAAGAAGCAGCUUCAUCUCGGCGCUUUUAUGCGCCCCGUGAGCUUGCACACGGGAGCAUGGCGAUAUCCCGGUGCCUAUCCCGACGCCAACUUCAACUUUCAGCAUAUCAAGUCGUUUGCGCAGAAGUUAGAAGCCGCCAAGUUUGACGCAUUCUUCAUGGCCGACCAUCUGGCCGUAUUAAACAUGCCGAUCGAGGCGCUCCGGCGUAGUCAUACCGUCACAUCUUUCGAGCCGUUUACUUUGCUAUCGAGUCUGGCCGCGGUGACCGAGCGCAUCGGUCUCGUUGCUACCGCCUCGACGACGUAUGAUGCGCCCUACCAUAUCGCCAGGCGCUUCGCAUCGCUCGACCAUCUGAGCGGAGGCCGCGCCGGCUGGAACAUCGUCACGACGGCUAACCCGGAUUCGGCGCGCAACUUCGGCCAGGAUGCGCAUAAAGAGCACAGCGAGCGCUAUGCGCGGGCCCGCGAAUUCUACGACGUAGUUACGGGCCUUUGGGACAGCUUCGCCGACGACGCAUUUAUACGCGACGCCGAAAGCGGCAUUUUCUUUGAUCCCGAACGUCUGCACGUUCUGGACCAUCACGGAGCUGAGCUCCACGUGAGGGGCCCGUUGAACAUUGCGCGUCCGCCGCAGGGGUGGCCGGUGAUCGUGCAAGCCGGCGCAUCGGAACCCGGCAAGCAGCUCGCUGCCGAGACGGCGGAGGUGGUAUUCUGCGCACCGCGAAAUCUCGAGGCGGGCAAAGAGUUUUUCAAGGACGUUAAGGGCCGACUUGCUGCUGUGGGCCGGUCUCCUGAUGAUAUCAAGUUACUACCUGCAGCGUUUAUAAUCAUCGGCGACACGGUUGAAGAAGCUCAGGCUAAGCGGCUAAAGCUAGACAGUCUUGUGCAUUAUGAGAGCUCUAUCGCCUCGCUUUCUAUCUCGCUUGGCUACGACGUCUCCAACUUAGAUCCAGACGGCCCUCUACCAACGGAGCUUCCAGAGACCAAUGCAAGCAAAUCGAGUCGGGAAAGCGUAUUGAAACUUGCGGCUACAGAAGGUCUUACUGUCCGCCAACUUGCGCAGAGAUAUGGAGGAUAUUCUGGUCUGGCAUUUGUCGGAACGGUGCAGACAGUGGCUGAUGAGAUGGAGCAGUGGCUUAUAGAGGAAGGCUCAGAUGGCUUCAAUGUUGUCUUCCCUUUCUUACCGCAAGGUCUUGAUGAUGUGGUUGAACGCUUGAUUCCGGAGCUGCAGAGACGAGGCAUCUUCCGUAAGGAUUACGAAGGGACGACUCUACGAGAGCACCUGGGUCUCAAGCGUCCAAAGAACAAGUUUUUCCCCUGAAAUAAGGCAUGACAGUAUGAUACCGAUUAGUAAACGCAUUUAUAUACCAUGUGAAGAAUAACGAGUUACGAUGAUAUUGAUAUUACUAGAAAGCUUUAACACCUCCUUGUUCUGAAUUUGAUAACCUGUCGCUCAGCUACUUCUUACCACUACACUUUCUGGUCAGCCGACUUGUUGCUGAUGCACGCAGCUAGAUACUUGGGAAGAGCUGCAUAAACGGUGUAUGAACAUUAAAUAAUACCAACAGAUCUCAGUUCAUUCUGAGAUUAUGACGUGCUUUGAGGCCUUC